UCUGUUUCGGGAAAGCAGAAAAGCUUAUUUUGCGGGAAAAUUUGUGAAUCUGAUGCAUGUUUACAACUAAUUUUUUGCUGUAAACAGACCUUGUCAUGAUUUGAUUUAAAACGCAUUAGUCGGUCCUCAAUUAUGAAGAAACUUCUUACCCUGGUGUUAAUCACCAGACCAAACCAAGUCCUGCUGGGAAUGAAGAAAAGGGGAUUUGGCCAGGGCAGAUGGAAUGGGUUUGGAGGGAAAGUCGAGAAAGGAGAAACCAUACUAGAGGCAGCCAGAAGGGAACUCUUUGAAGAAUCCAGUUUGAAAUCGGACGACUUAAAAGAGAUUGGGCUGAUUGACUUUGAAUUUGUUGGUGAUCCACAAAUUCUAGAGGUCCAUGUCUUCACAACUUCAAAGUUUGAAGGGGAACCAACGGAAAGUUCAGAAAUGAGACCCCAGUGGUUCAAUGUCAAGGACAUUCCUUUUGACACAAUGUGGCCCGAUGACCACCUCUGGUUUCCUCUGUUUCUAAGUGGGACAAAGUUCAAAGGGUACUUCCUGUUUGAAGGCCAUGAUAAAAUCCUGAAACAAACAUUGGACAAAGUUGACUCUCUACCAGAUGAAUGAGGGAUAUGUACUUCAGUAAAAAUGUAUUUUCCAGAAUAACUCUCUACAAGGUGCAUAAUAUACAAGUGUAUGAACCAAGUUUACUUUUGUCUAAGCUUAUAUUUUUUGAAUUUUUUAUCGUUGGUUACAGUAUUGGACUUCUAGUAUAUAAUCAUACAUAAUGUUUUAGCAGCCAUUUUGAUUAAUUUUUUUAGUUUUACUUUACUGAUCAUCUUGAUCAGUAUUUUUAUUUUAGAUUUAUGUUAACCAUUUUUGUUCAUGAUUUCUAAGUAAAAGAACUGAAUAUCUUAUCCUUAAAAGUAAUUGUCCUGUGUUGUUUUCUUUAAAUUAACUGUUAAGUUUCCAAUUUCUUAUACUUUUGCAAGGGUAUAUAUGUGAGAGAAACUAAUCUAUUAUUAUGCCCUGCCAAGUAUAGGACUGUUGCAUUAUGAAAUUUGUAUUGUGUCUGUCUUCCAUCCAUCCAUUCUUGAGUCCCCUGAUUGUCUAUCACACUUUGCAUUUAGCAGAGUGAUUUUUUUUAGUUUCAAAGAAACAUUUUAGAGUUUUGUUUUAUCAACCUUGUAAGAUUUAUUAUUGAAGAGCAGCUAACCUGUGUCAUAUGAACUUUAUGACUGUGGCUUCACUUUUCCUUACAAAUUUAAAAUCAUAAAAUGGUUAUUGAUAAUGAGCUUAGAUAUAGCUAAUAUUUAUCAAAAUGCCCAGUGGUUGUAAAAUUAUAUUUGCAAUAAUUCAGUUUUUUAGAUCACUUCAGCUGAAAGCUUUUCUGAUCACUUUUUGUCCGGCGUCCGUCUGUCAGUCCUUAACUUUUUACUUUUUUCGACUUCUUCUCCAGAACCACAGAGCCGAUUCAACCAAACUUUGACACAAAACAUCCUAAGGUAAAGGGGAUUCAAAUUUGUUAAAAUGAAGGG